UCUUGCUUCCAACAAUCAACAUCAACUUCAUCUCAGCCACUUGGAGCAUCGCGUUCCAAUGCCGCGCUCAUUAUCGGCCGUCUCGUCUCUCGAGAUUCGUGAUCUUAACAGAGAUCAGAUUCGUUUCUACCAUCCUGGUUAUCUGAAACCGUUGAAUCUGCUUUUUUGCCUCCCGCGUGUCGACUAUAACCCGACAGAGGGAGCUUUUGGCGUGCAUUAUUUGACGGCUCUUACGGCGUGUCAGAUCGUCGCGAAUAAUGCAUUUGAGAAAGGAUACCUAGCGAGAGAUGAGAGAGGAAAGGAAAGAGUAUCUGACGAUGAGACGAUACUGCUGCAGCGAGAUUAUUGGUUCUUUGUCGAAGGCGAUGAUCGAUAUGCAAUUGUCCCAAGCUUUAGAGACUGGCAAUUUCCUCAUGACAGACUACCUGAAUGGUGGAGUGUCCCAUCCUCUCGAACAUCACUCUAUGCAAAGCGCUGCGCCGUCACGAACACCAGUUAUGCUUUUACAUGGGCACAUCUGAUUCCCAGAGAAGAACAGAGUUGGUUCAGCAAAAAUGGCAUGGGCCUUUAUGGCGGUGGAUCACAUACUAUCGAUGACCCGCAUAAUAUUUUACCGCUCAAGGCGGAUCUCUACGUUUGCUUUGAUCAAAGCGUCUUUGCUCUUAUUCCAAAGCAAAGUGGACAAGCCAACGGUGUAGAAGCAAAUAAUCAAUAUGUUCUUCACGUACUCGAUGGCAGGGAAGCAGAGUUCACAGCCUUAUACCAGAACAGACCAGUUGAAACACUCGUUGAAGGAAGUCGAGAAUAUCUCUUUGCGCGCUUCGCCUGGUCCAUCUUCUCAUUCCUAAAGCCCUUCCUUACAUCUGGCGUCGGACGAAGAGUCGUCAGAUUCCGCCUCAGAGCAUCUGAUGACGACGCUGAGGAGGAGCACCUUAUCUCUGAAAUGCAGAACGUCUUCCUCGAUUCUAGAAAACUUGAAUCGCUGUAUGGCGGGGGACAUCGACGGAAGACGGUAUCGCUGGAGGAUUCUUAUGUGGAUGUUGAGGAUGAAUGGGACGAUGAGCAUCCAGGACGGACUGAGAUGGAAGGGUAGUGUGAUUUUUUAUGAAUUAUGUAUUUGGCCAGCGCGAGGUGAUUGCUAAUGAUUUGUCUGAUUUAGGAGAAGAAGGCGGUAGUCUUUAAUGACUGUAUUUGUUUCAUUUGGCUUUUAAUGAUAUUAUGAAACGAGAGUAGUGAUACCUGGGUCUGGCAUAUGUGAUGUUGCUUUCAGUCCGUCUAAUCUGUGGGCAUCUUCCACUAAUCUCCCUACCCAUCCAAAUUACAUCUGGACUACCAUAAUGUACGACAAAAUCUGAUUGAUGGAGGAAGAGAAUUCCGCAAGACCUGCGAGGUGAAACAGAUGAGUGUAAGGGGAAGGCGAUAUUAGAAAGAAAGGGUCUUUCUGCUAUAAGAAACGACGAUGAGGUACUGACUAUUAUGCAUCCUCUUUCCAUGUUGAGGCUGACAUGUGUAUUAUGAGUAGAGCGAUAGUGACC